CACCUUCUGUGAAGCAGGCAACUGGACAGCUUAUAGGAGAAACAUUCAGCUCUGUUGAGCCUCAAAGACAACCACCAGCCACCCAAGAGCAUUCAGAAUGAGUGACAACACGACAUUGGCUCCUCCAACUUCAAACCAGGGUCCCACCACCCCACGCAAAGGGCCCCCCAAGUUCAAGCAGAGGCAGACUCGUCAGUUCAAGAGCAAGCCUCCUAAGAAAGGUGUGAAAGGGUUUGGAGAUGAUAUUCCAGGCAUGGAGGGGCUAGGAACAGAUAUCACAGUGAUCUGUCCCUGGGAGGCAUUCAGCCACUUGGAAUUGCACGAGCUCGCUCAGUUUGGGAUCAUCUAAGGCACCAGGGGUUUUGCCCCUUCUCGACAGCAUCUGCUGUGACUUUGAUUACUUCUGCCCUGUUGAUCUGCCAGAGUUCUUGACAUGCAGCUGCUGAAAGUGGUUUCUUUGGUUUGCACAGUCAUUUCCCAUAAGUCACUACUAAAUGUUCUCUUAGUAUCAGACGCCCAUGCAGUGUAGUUAGCUCAGAAUAGUGGGUGAAAUCAACGUUUGAUAGGGCAUUUCAAAUGUUUCUACUUUGUCCUAUCAGCUGGUUAGAAGUCAUCAGUAUUUCUCUAAAGUUGAAUCCUUUAAAUCUGUCUUUGCUCAGCAUUCAUGAUAAUUGGUGGUAGGCUUUUAAGAUACCAUUUAUGUCAUUCCUUGCCCCUUUUUCAUUUAAUAAAGGAGCUAUUUACCUUGAAUUUCAUGAUAAGUUCUAUUAAAUGCUAUAUGCAAAUAUAUGAUGCCCUGUUCUGAGAACCAGCGAAAUAGAGAAAGCAGAGUCACACAAGAAAUAAGGACAGGGCAUGCGAAAGAGCAUAAGGUUAACACUCAAGUCCUGAUUCUGCUUUGUAACUUUGUAAAUCAUGAGCUUUCUGAGUCUAAAUUAUUUUUUCCUUUUUAUGGCAGUACCUGCAGCAUAUGGACAUUCCUGGGCUAGGGGUGGAAUCAGAGCUACAGCUAAGGCCUGCGCCACAAGCACAACAACAGCAGAUCUAAGCUGAAUCUGUGACCUAUGCUUCCGCUUGCUGCAAUUCU